AUGGCUGAUUAAAAAGUUGUUUCUGUCUUUGAUUUUGGUAAAACCAGAAAUAAAUUUUGGUAACCAUGUGAUAAAUCUGUCUUAGAUGUACUUAUGAUCAAUAAUAUUAUAUAAGACUUAAUCUUUUUUAGUCGAAUAAGAAUUCUUGACAGCAGGGAAAGUUAGAGUCAAACCUAUAUUCAUUGUGCUUGGAUUAGAAUAUCUUUAUAAAGUUACUGUUGAUAAAUUAAAAUGUGCACCUCUUGCUACUAUGCAUUUAAGUUUUAUUGACCCUGGAGCUGAUCACAUGGUUUAAUUAAAUUCUGAUGAGUAAUAAUAUGGAUUCAAAUUGACAUAUCAAACAAAGGUUUUGGAUAUCUUUCUAUCUGAAAAAUUGUUAUAUGAUUAAUGGAAAUAGCAUUUAAGGAAGGUUUGCUUAUUAGAGAAUUUCCAUGAUGCUUUUAUGGUUUCAAAAUUAAUAGGAAAAGGAAGUUUUGCAAAAGUCUAUUUAGCAACUAGAAAAGAGAAUAAUUAAUAAUAUGCCAUUAAAGCAUUUAGCAAAUCCUUUAUGUAAUAGCAACAUAAGGGUAUUGAGAGUUUAUUAAAUGAAAUGUAAGUGAUGAGAAAAUUAAAUCAUCCAAACAUAGUUAAAUUGCACGAAGUUCAUGAAACUACAAACUCUGUAUACUUUGUAGUUGAUAUAGUAAGUGGAGGUGAAUUACUUUAACGAGUCAGAGAAACAGGUUUUUAAUUCAGUAAUUAUUAGGCUUUCUACCAGCUGAAACACUAUAGAGAUUGGCAUACAAUUUAUUAUCAGCAUUGAAUCAUUUACAUCAAUACAAAAUUGCACAUCGAGACUUGAAACCUGAAAAUUUACUAUUACGCUCAAAUGAAAAUAAUUAUGAUUUAAUAUUAGCAGAUUUUGGUUUAGCAGCCUAACUGACAGAUGAAAAUAUUUUAUUUAAAAGAUGCGGAACUCCAGGAUUUGUGGCACCUGAAAUUUUAGAUUAUAUGGAAGGUCAAUAAUUUUAUGAUGAAAAAUGUGAUGUUUUUAGUGCUGGUGUAAUUUUAUAUCUUUUGAUAGUAUUUUUAUACUUAUAUAAUAGACUGGAGGAUAACCAUUUACUGGGAAGGAUUAAAAAGCAAUCUUAAAAGCUAAUAAAGAUUGCUAAAUUGAUUUUGAUGACUCUCUUUUCAAAUCUGCACCCAUUUAAAUGUAGGAUCUAAUUAAAUCCAUGUUAUAAAAAAAACCAUCUUAUAGAUUGAGUUCUACUGAAGUAUUGAAAUUAUACAUUCUAGUGUUUAAGACAUCCAUAUUUCAAAGAAUUAGCCAAACAAUAAUAAAUUAAAUAGGAGAAAUAUUAAAACAACUUGACAGAAUAUAAUUAAUAAUUCAAAAAUAAUGUUAGAGCAGGUUCUAUAGAUAUGACAUUAGAAUAAAGAUCUCCUCUAUUUACUGGAAAUCUUAAUUCUAUUGAAUCAAUAACAUGUGUUUCAAAUAAUUCAUUUGCAAAAAUUGAAAUGAAACCACCUUCUGUUGUUGGAGCUUCAAAAUUUAGUUAAUAUAGUUCUCGUUUAAAUAGAUUAGGAUCCAGAGAUAUAUCUGGUAAUUUUAUAAUUCUAUAUUUAGAUAUCCCAAAUACUUAAUUAUAAAAAACAGAAUCAAAAAAGCAUAUUGAUUUACAUAGAAUUGCAAUUCAAAAUUCACAUAGAAAAUAAAUCAUAGAUUAAUUUGAAGAUUAACCUGUUCAUUAAGAAAAUUCAGAGGUAUCUGAUAUGGUUAGGUUAUAUAAUUCCACAAGAUAAAUUCGAAUUCCAGAAAAUUUAUCUUAAAUGUCGUAAACAAAUAAAUAAGCAUCUACUCCAACCAAUAAAGCCAAAAAGAAUUCUUGA